AUGUCAGUCAACUUCUUUUCGCGGGUCAUCUGGUGCUUUGUGUUCUCCUUUGUCUUGCCCGCCUUGUCACGGUCUCCUAACGAGGAUAAAUGUCAAACCUCUCGGUACGAGCACAAGCAUCGCCUGUUUGUGCUUACAGACAUCAGCAAUGAACCCGAUGACCAAAUGAGUCUCGUUCGCCUGUUGACCUAUGCCAAUGAGUUGGAUAUUCAAGGCAUUGCUGCAACUACAUCUACAUGGCUGCCAAACAAGAUUGACCACGAGACCAUCAUCGAAGUGCUUGAUGCAUACCGCAAGGUCGUCGAUAACCUCAACGCCAAUGUACCGUCCUGUGCCGCUUAUCCCUCAGCCGAUGACCUGGUCGGCCGAGUCUUCAAGGGUCAUGCUGUAUACGGAAGGGCUUCCCUCAACCGGACCCUGAGCCAAGCAGCGAGCGAGCUGGUCAAGGCGGCCGAUGGCUCCAGUGUGAACAACCCUCUCUGGGUUGCUGUCUGGGGUGGAGCGGCCGUCCUCGCUGAGGCUCUCCAACAUGUCUCGCAGACUCGAGCUGAUAACGCCGUAGCCUCAUUCGUCGAGAAACUACGCGUGUACUCUAUUUCGGAUCAGGAUGACACAGGGGUCUGGAUUCGCCAACGGUAUCCACAGCUCUUCUUUGUCGUUUCACUCCAUGGCUGGAAUGAGUACACAGAUGCAGCAUGGAAUGGCAUCUCGGGAGAAGAGUACCGCCACUUCGACCAGGGUGGCCCUGACAGCAGCAUAGUUUCCAAUGAGUGGUUGCAGCAGCACAUUCGAAUAGGCCCCCUUGGCUCACACUACCUGAACUGGUCCUUCAUCAUGGAGGGAGAUACCCCGUCAUUUCUUCCAUUGAUACAGAACGGACUGGGCCACAUCGAACACCCAGACUGGGGCUCCUGGGGUGGAAGAUUCACCUUGCUUGAUCAAUCAAACCAGUCACGCGUCUAUGCAGAUGCCACGGAUUAUGUUCAAGGCUUGAACGGACAGGGUUUUAUCAGCAAGUGGGCGACGAUCUGGCGAUGGCGCCAGGACUACCAGUACGACUUUGCUGCUCGGAUGCAGUGGACCGUCGAGUCAGGCUUUUCCAAGAACAACCAUGCGCCUGUGGCCAUUGUCAACGGGUCUUGUGGUCCUGCGCCCCUGGAACUGCGAUACAAGCCCGGAGACAAGGUCAUAUUGGAUGCAUCCCAGAGCUGGGACCCAGAUGAUGAUCAGCUGAGUUUUGGUUGGUUUCACUAUCGUGAGGCUGGGGGAAGAGGUCUGGAGGGAUUCACCAAUGGGAAAGAAGCUUUCCCGAGGUCCAAGCUGAGGCUGGUGAGCCAAUCUGUCAACAUCACCAACGCCCAACCCGAUGGGAGUGUUGUCCUACUGCAGACAAGCGAUUCUGUCAACAAUACGAUGCAUAUCAUCCUGACAGUGCGUGAUAGCCAUGCCUUGCCGGUAGCUUCGUAUAGGAGAGUCAUCCUGCGCCCCCAUGAAGCCUAG